CGCGCCAAUCACCCAGGCUCGGCCUUGACUUACCCAUACCCACCCUGGGCUGACAGCAAUGUAGGUCAGGUGAUAAGGAAGUAGGUGGAACCGCGCAGCUUUAGAGGAAAAUAACUUCAAUCAAACUGUUUGGACCGGCUUUUAAAGUGGAUUGCAGGAACAACUGGAGUUGCUUUAUCCAGCUCUCCUGCACUCUGAAGUCCAAGUCUGCAAAAAGCUAUUUUGCUGCACAUCGGAAUCCACACUAAAAUGCAGCACAACCUGAACACUGGGUUCAAGUGUAUCUCUUUGUCUUUAUGCAAAUUCACGGGUGAUUGCUGAGAGAGCCUUGCACACCUGACUGGAAGUUGUGGUUACGGAGUUUGGGAUUUGAAAGGUUUGUUUAUCUGUAAGGAAAGAAAGAGGAAAGAUGAUAAUGGAACUAGCAACGCGAGUUGCUCAACUCUACGAGGACGUCAUGAAGCACUCGGACCCCCGGCUAAAUGUCUACCCGAUGAUGCAGAGCCCAACCCUCAUGACGAGUAUCCUGGUGGGCUACGUCAUCUUCGUGCUGAAAGUGGGACCCCGCUUCAUGGCCAACAGGAAGCCCUACGACCUCAAGGGGGUCAUGGUUGUUUACAACUUCUUCUUAGUUGCCUUCUCCAUCUUCAUAGUGUAUGAGUUCCUUAUGUCUGGCUGGGCAACAGACUACACCUGGAAGUGCGACCCUGUGGAUUUCUCAAACAGCCCACAAGGCCUCCGAAUGGUUCGAGUAGCCUGGUUCUUCUUGUUCUCCAAAUUCAUUGAGCUGCUGGACACAGUGUUUUUUGUGUUGAGAAAGAAGAACGGCCAGGUCACAUUCCUCCAUGUUUUCCAUCACUCAGUCAUGCCCUGGACGUGGUGGUGGGGGGUCAAGUUCGGACCAGGUGGAAUAGGCUCCUUCCAUGCCAUGGUGAACUCAGUUGUCCACGUUAUCAUGUAUUUCUAUUACGGACUGUCAGCUGCUGGACCCAGAUUCCAGAAGUACCUCUGGUGGAAGAAGUACAUGACUGCAAUCCAGCUUGUCCAGUUUGUGCUUGUGUCCCUCCAUGUCACUCAAUACUACUUCAUGGACAAGUGUGACUACCAGUUCCCUCUGUUCGUCCACCUGGUCUGGAUAUACGGAACCUUCUUCUUCAUGCUCUUCUCCAACUUCUGGUACCAGUCGUACACCAAGGGCAAGCGGCUGCCCAAAACCCUGGACAAGGAUGGUGGCAAGGGGGCCAUCGUUGCCAACGGGAAGCAUGUCGAAAAUGGCCGCUCACAUCUAGAGAAUGGCAGUGCCCACAACGGGAAAAUGAAGGCCAAUUAACGGUCAUUAAAAUGGGAGGAAAACAAAACAAAAUCAGGAUGUAUUUUUCAUUUAACUUUUUUUUGUUUAUUUUUUUUUUUAUUCAAGAACUGUGCAACCACUGCAACGAAGGAGAAAAACAUGGCCAGUAGACUCCAAAGUCAGUUUCUCUCCUGCCAUAGGAAAUCUGAUCCGUGGCUACAGACUGCUGUACGUGAAGAGAAAAGUGUCCAAUCACUGACAGUGUCUGUGCCACAAGGGUCAAAACUGCCUGUGUUAGCCACCCAAAGUAUCCCCCUCACCCCUGUUCAAAUAUAGCAAGCAAUGCACUCCUGUAGCUAAAUCUAGUUAUCUUUAACAGUGAUGUACAGGUAGUCAUAAAAACUUGAAUACAACUAUAAAUAAAGUAUAUAAGCCAGAACUACAGUGUAAAAUGGAUUGAGACCAAAUAAUAGUUAAAUACAGUAGGGAAAAAAAAGAUUUUAAAGAGAAAGGCAUUGACAUUAUAGGAAAGUUGAAAAAGGAAAGAGAAAAAAAUUCUAUUUCAAGUAAUCCGUAGGAAGAUUAGUGGACUGACGUGUCUCAGCAUUUAUUGCAGAUGUCUCCUUUUAAAUAGGUCUACCAACCAAAGCCCUCAACUAAUGCUAAACUUUUGGUGUUUCUGCUUUUUUUUUUGUCUUUUUAUUAGCUCAUAUUUCUUUUUAUUUCACUAAGCUGCCUCACCUAUGAUUCUCUAGUGGUGUUCCUGAAUACAUACAUACAUACAUACGUACAUUCAUUCAUUCCAUUCAUUCAUUCAUACAUACAUACAUACAUACAUACAUAUAUAAAGUCACUUUGUUUAUAAUGCACUAACCCUCACAUGGGCAUGGUUGGGUUACAAGGUCUAGGGAAGCCCAGUUUAUAUCUAGCACAGGCAGUUUCAAUUCCCCCUGUUGGUCUGCUACUCAAACAUUUAUUUGUGCCAUGAUUAUUCCAUUGUGUUGUGGCUUUUAUUUAUUUAUUUUAUUAACCUAUUUGUGGAACAAAGAAACCCCCGGUUAACCAGCUGUCAUGUUUAUUACACUCCCAGUGUGCGCAACCCCCUUGAGAGGUUAUUAGGUUCUUUUAUUAACGUAAUCGCGUUUCUCGGCUGACAGCCCAGUGUUUUCCAGUUUUGUGAAAUUAGUUUCAGCUGAUGUUCUUCAAACCAUCAGCACUGAAAAGAGCUGCUGAGUGCCUUUAUCAGUAGAGCAGGGGAGUGACCUGCAUCUGUCCCACCCUCAGGGUUGAGGCUCGCUGGCUGAGCGGCACUUCCUUUGCCAUGGCUAAACUGGCACUGUUCUGUUGAUAAGCGGCUUCAAGUCUGCCUAACUGUCAGUGUGCAGCCACUCAACAGUGUAGCAGCUGUCUGUGGAUAGACUUUAUGCUUCAGUGUUAACAGCUUCCUCACGUGAGCACUAAGAUAAAGACAAUCUAGCUUUAUGGGUGCUAAUAAAGUAUACUACAGUAGUGGAUUUGAAGAUUGAAGGGACUCUGCUGAACAGCUUAUGGUUGGAGAGCUGCAGGGUUUUGAAGUCAAAUUGUUCACCCAGCCGGUUACAGUGAAGCUGAAAUCAUGAAGAUCACAGUUGCACUAUUGGCAUGUUGCAUCUGGAUUGUUGAUGUCCUGACGCCCUUCUAACCUCCCAGAUUUUGGUAAUUACAUCCCCCUACCUACCUGGUUCUAGUGACUUAAGUCAAGUGAAAAUCUCCUAACAAUGCCCAAGUUGAUCAAGUUAAAUGUUAAAAUAUAUAAAGGCUGGAAAGAAAGAACUGUUGUCUGUAGAAGAGUUUGAUUGCAUUCUCGCUCUUCCUUGUUUUUCUGAAAUAAUAAAAAAUAUAUAUAAUUAAAAAAGAAAAAGGUUUUGUAUAA